UUUUCCCCUUCCCCUUGCUUGUACCUAAUCACACUCCAUGUCCCUCUCUCUGUCUGCUUUUAUUGCCAGUGUUUCCUACCCUCUCUCUCUCUCUCUCUCUCUCUCUCUCUCUGUGCGUGUCUAUAUAUAUAUAUAUAUAUACAAUGGGUCUUAAUUUAUCACCAACAAGAUCGAUCAUUGAUGCUUUUCGGGUUUGACCAGACAUUUAUGAGCCCCUCUUUCGUUGAUCCAAAAAAGUGAGAAGCUGUACUUGACUGAAGAACUACAGUAAAGAAGAAGAAGAAGAAGAAGAAGAAGAAGAAGACGAGGAAGAAGACGCUUUAGGUUUGGGCAUAUGGGCGGACGGAAGGCUUAUUAUCUCAUAUUCCUGUUGUUUGGUCUUUUCCUCUGUUCAGGCUCAGGUGGUUCAAGAAAGGAAGCACUUGGACAGAACAAAGAACUAGGCCACACCACAAAAAGAGACAUCAGCAAUCCAACAACCACAGUUCCAAUAAUUAAUCUCACCAAUACUCCCAGUACUUCAACAACUCCGUUAGACAUGAACCCGGCGGCGUCGGCAUCCGCACCGACGACCGCGACAUCAACUCCAAUCAGCAUGGCGCCACCGGUUUCAGGAAGCGAGAGCUGGUGCGUGGCUAGCCAAUCUGCUUCACAGAUUGCGCUGCAAGUUGCGUUGGACUAUGCGUGCGGUUAUGGGGGCGCAGACUGCUCGGCAAUUCAGGUGGGGGGAAAUUGUUACAAUCCCACCACGCUUCGCAACCAUGCUUCAUACGCCUUCAACAAAUACUAUCAAAAUAACCCAAUUCCCGCCAGCUGCAAUUUUGGAGGAACUGCUGUCAUUACCAGUACCGACCCAAGUUAUGUGACCUGCCAAUUUUCGUCAAUUAGCACAAGUUCAUCAGUUUUAAAUACAACAAAUGAAAGUGGCUCUGCAGUGUUUGGUUCACAGCCUACAAGCUCCUCUGGAUCAGCUGCCGCCAUGCCUAAAGGCCUCCCUCAGUUGUUCAUGCUGACAUUUCUUAUGGUGCAUGUAGCAGCUGCUGGGUGGGAGUAGCGUCCAGUACUGCUCCCUAACACUGCUUGAAAUUACGCUCACAUUUUUUGCCUUUGUGACCGCCGGGGGAUUCAUCAUUCAUCCUCAAGAAUUGGUAUACUUCACUGCCUGUGAACAGCCUAUGAUUAAAGUAGCAGGAUUCACCAUAGUUUUAAAUCUCAAGUAGACCAUAGUUUCAAAUUGGGAUUUUUUUUUUCUUUUUAAAUACUUAUAUGUAAAUGGGAUCUUGUGUUGAAGAGAUAGAUUUUGAGGAGAGAGAGAGAGAGAGAGAGAGUGUGUGUGUGUGCGCAGAUGGGUUCUUUUGUUAUCUUCUCUGGAAGAGUUUUUUUCAGCUUGUUUUGGAGGCAAGACACUGACAUGUUUUCCAAAGAAACUUGUUUUACUUUUUGCUAAGUUUGGUACCGGAAUAACUAUUCACUGUAAUAAGAUGCUAUAUAGUGAGAAUUACAAUAA